UAUCGGUGCUCUUGAAAACAUAACCAAAAUAAUGGCUUCCCUAUUGAUAUUUAAUUUAGUUGUUUUAAUUGCCAGUACGUUGGCAACACCAGUAGGCCAAUUUAGCCAUGGUAUGAACUUUGUUGUUGGUGGUAAAAAUGCAGCUCACGGGCAAUUCCCACAUCAAAUUUCACUUCAACUUGGAACUUCACAAUUCCAUAACUGUGGUGGAUCAAUUAUUCACAAAAAUUGGGUAUUAACAGCUGCUCAUUGCGUAGAUUCUUCAAGUCCAGGUUCCUAUCUUGUUGUUGCCGGAGAUUUACUUUACAAAAAUGGUGUACCACAUAAAAUUGAAAAAAUUAUUUCACAUGAAAAAUACGCAAAUUUCCAAUAUGAUGUUUCUUUGUUGAAAAUCGCUGGUGAUGGUUUCGAUUUUAGCGAUCCAUCAAAAAUAUCAACAAUUGAAUUAUUAAAAGAAGAAGUACCAGUUGGUGCUGAAAUUUCUAUUUCUGGAUGGGGUCAAGAUAGUUCCGGUCGCGUACCAGACCACUUACAAUAUACCGAUGCCAUGUGGCAUGGAGAAGCAAAAGAAUGUAGAGAUGCAUUCGGUAGCAUUUUCUUUGACGGAAUUUUGUGUUUGAAACAUCCAGUUAGCGUUGGAGUUUGUUUCGGUGACAGUGGUGGUCCAGCUCAUUAUCAAGGUAAAUUGGCUGGAGUAGCUAAUUUCGUUGUUGGUGGUUGUGGUUCUGGUUAUCCAGAUGGUUAUGCUAAAGUAAGUUAUUUCGGUCAAUGGAUCAAUGAACAAACCGGUGAAGAAAUUUAUUAGACGUUUAAAACAAUGUUCAAUGUUAAAAAUUGAAAAAAAUUAAAGUCUCGCAUUUUAAAUUAUAA